CUCAUCUCCUUGCAUUUGGUAAGCGAAGAGAAGAAGAGAAGAGAGAGAGAAGGGAGGAGACCCCGUCCAUCGACCUCCAAGAACCAUGGCCAUGACCGCCAUGGCUUAUGCGAGAGUAGGGGUUCUGGUCCGGGCCUCGUGGGACACCAACCCCAGCCCCAAGCCCCUCCACAUCCCAAAACCCCCCAAGCCCGCGCGCCUCCCCACUCCUCCGACCACGACGGGGCCGCCUGCGAUGGCGAGGACGGCUGUCCUCGAUAGGGACGAGAAGCUGCCCUCCGCCCCCCUCAUCUCUCGCAGCGCCGGCCCCCAGAUAGAGAAAUCGGAUGAACAAUAUCUGGGUUACGAGAGAUGGUGGUUGCCGGUUGCGCCUAAAGUGAAAAAGCCCCGGUCCAUAUAUAAUGCUGCUUCUUUGGCAUACUUGGGAGAUUGCAUCUAUGAGCUGUAUGCUCGGAGGCACUUUUUGUAUCCACCUUUAAGUAUCAACGAGUAUAAUGAACGCGUGAUGAAAGUAGUAUGCUGUGAAGCACAGGAUAUUCUGUUUAAGAAGCUUCUUGAUGAUGACUACUUAACCGAAGAAGAAAGGGACAUUCUUCGUUGGGGAAAAAAUGUGGUUACCAGCAAAUCACGAACUACAAAACGAGCUGGUGUAGCUGUCUACAAUAGAGCAUCUUCACUUGAAACGCUGGUUGGAUAUCUUUACCUAACUGAUGCGAAACGCUUGGAAGAACUCAUGUUUAGAUUAGGAUUCUCGACUGGUGCUUCUUCAGAUUUUAUUGCAGAGGAACUUCGCAUGAAUCUCCGAGUGCACUAUAAUCCUUGGCAGAAAAACUAGUAAAUGCUCGAGCUCUCAGAAACCUACUACACAGUAAGUGAACCUUGGUUAUCAUUUGCAAAUUUGGAAAGGAGAGAAGCAUGGUGACUUGCUGGUGGUCGCCCAUCUGCUGGAACCAACAAUUCCAUCGCUUUUUUGACAUUAUUAUCAGCACAACAGCAUUGACAUGAUAUAUUCACGAUCCUUGAAAUAUGGGGAGAGGCAUCCAAGCCAGAAGACUGUCAGCAUUGAAGUCUUGCAAGAAUGCAGGGAGACACAGCUCUGGAACUGAAGCUAUUAUAGAUAUGUGUAUGUGAAUCUAUUGUAUCAGAAAGAGAGAUUGCAAACUAUGAAGCUGUGGUUAUCCCUUAUUUGGAUCAACCAGUACUCCCUUCUGAUUGUAGCAGUAGCCGUCAUUUGUUAAAGCGAUGCAAUGCAAGCAUAAUCGAGAUAAAGUGACCAUUUUGAAAUUUUAUUGCAACCAUUCAAACUUGAGCUUUAUCCCCCA